AUGACUAGGUUAUUUUGGGCCAUAGUGCUCAUAUCGAGCUGCCUUGGAGCAAGUAUUAUUUUGCAAUCAGCACUUAAACUCUUUUCAACUGGCGCCGCGUCUUACUCCGUCGAAACAAAUUACUUAGAUUGGAACACCCCUUUCCCUGCGGUGACAGUUUGUGAGCAAGGUGAUAAUGGACGGGUGAAGGCAUUUCUAAAUCAAUACAAGCUAUCUCCGAAUUUGUCUUCAUUUUACAAAGUGGUUGCGUUCUGGAAUCUGAAGUACUGUAGAAUUUGCGGCUCCUGUAAGAUUAAUGACACUUGCGUUGAAAAUUUCGAAAAAGGCAUUCAAAAGAUAAGGCACAGUUGCUCUGAAUUAUUGACUGACUGUUGGUGGGGCGGUCGACAUUUUAAAUGCUGUGACGAGUUUCACCCGAUCGAAACUGAAUACGGAGUUUGUUAUGUAUUCAAUACAGCUGUGCUCGGUAAUAACAGUAUCCUGACGUUUAAUAGGAAAGUCGGUCUGGUUGACUUAGUUUUCACUGCUAUAGAGCUAGUUACAGUAAGAAUCCAUGCCCCAGACGACGUGGUAUCCGCCGCUCUGGAAAAUAUAUUAGGUGAUCUCGCUUCUUUGCCCCUUGUCACGGAAUUCGAAGCGAUUUUAAAGGUAGAACAAACAGUAAAUGAUAUAUCAGUAUCGUCACUAUCAGAGACCAUGCGCGGUUGUAUCUUCAAAGACGAUGUCCCUCCUAUCGCCGGAUGGCCUUUUAAUAGAUACACGUAUAGCGGGUGCUUGCUGUACUGCAGAGCGUUAGCUCAGUAUAAUUCUUGUAACUGCACUCAUCAUUUCAUGGCUAAUAUUGCUAAAAUUCCAGCCUGUAACAUUAAAGGUCUGGCAUGCUUGUAUCAAAACCGAGAUGAGUUACUAAAAUACGAAUGUAAUUGUCCAACGGCCUGCGAUGAGACGAUCUAUAAAAUUGUUCAUUUGUUUCACAAUCGAGUGAGCGGCAACUUGUCACCGGAGUCAAUGAAGCGGGGAUCGAGAGCUAGAGUGCGAUUCGCUCAACUACCGAGUCUUCGAGUUCGAAGACUCGCCAUUAGGGAUACAUUAGGACUCGUUGUGGACAUUGGGGGGGUGGGGGGUGUUUUCUUCGGAGCCUCCCUCCUUAGUAUCAUCGAGUUGAUUUAUCUCUUUUGUAUUCGUUGUAAUGGACGUCAAUAAGUAUUCAUUUUGUUCCUAAAUAGUUUCUUACUUGAUGCUAUAUUGUACUUGGAUAAUAAAGCUUAAUAAAUUCUGACGCCAACAAUAAAA